CGUGACAGCGCAAGGUCGAGAUCGAGAAUAUAGUUCACGACGCGCUGGGUCAAAUAGCAUAAUCAAACGGCUUGAGAUGUAUUGGAAAUAUUAAAGAAAAAAAAAGAAAAGACAUUACUGCUUAAUUAAAUCGUGGAUACACUCUGUCCCAAUGUGAACGGAUAUGUGAUACAAAACAAAGAGGAGGAAACGUGUAAUAUAAAAAUGACGAAUACUUUGCAUUUGGAUAUCUUGCCGUACGAAGUGUUGUUAAUGAUCUUUGAUUAUUGCGAUGCUUUCGAUCUGGUGCGACUCAGUGAGGUGUGCAAACGAUUUUACGAGAUCGUAUGUUCGGAUGCGGUCUGGAUCAAAAAGAGCAGAGGAUUGCUUGUCACGAAUCAAACGUCAGAAAGAUUUCGUAAGAGAUGCAAUCCAAUAUUAUCCCCACGCAAUAUGUGGCUCACAUCUUAUAAUUGGCGAUAUGGAAGAUAUGACAAUGAAACUUUAAUAUUGAAUAAAGUGAAGAUGAUGCCAUGGCUGCAAAUGACAAACGACACUCUCUGGUGGAGUGGUGGUAAUCAACUUUAUGGUGUUAAACGCAAUUCAAAACAUUUUAAAGAAAAAGUCAAUGUAGAAAUAAACUAUAAUAAUCGCUUUUAUAAUAAUAUAUAUAGAGAUGAUAUAGCAGAUAUCUGCAAAUUUGUCCUUUGUGGAAAUUUUAUUAUAAGUGGUCAUAGCAACGGUGAUAUACACUAUUGGCUAGAUAAAUCACACAAAGGCUACCCUCGUGCUGUAAAACUGUGGAGGCAGCGUGUUCAUUUUUGUGAUAUUAAUGGCAUAGAUGCAACCUCGCAAACUAUUAUAUCAGGUUCAGUUGAUGGUAUGAUAAAGAUACAAAAAAUUAUAGAUCUUGAAAAAAGCAAUUUGGACGAAAAAAUCAUCAUAGAUUUCAUGAAUAAAAUAGAUAGAGUACAAUCACUCGUGAUUGAUCCUACAGGAACGCAAUUUGCUGUUGGAUCAUCUGGAACCACCAAUAUUCCACCACUUAAUUUAAUCAAUAUUGAAACACUUAUACGUUAUACGAUGUUCGAUAAAAUACGGUACCCAUGGAAACACGGUGCUGGAAUAUUAGACAUGGUGUGGGAUAAUCCGCAAACUUUACUCACCUGUGGCUAUGAUACAUUUGUACGAAAAUGGGAUUUGAGAACCGAGAAAUGCGUUAGCUCAUGGGCAGAUCCAAACGAUGCAGCAUUAUAUUGCAUUUCAUCCGAUCAUCAAUACAGUAUAAUUACAGGAGCACAGCAUGGUUGUGCAGCUGUUCUAUGGGAUCAAAGGAUGUGUAAUUUUGUUCAGUUAUAUUAUGUAAAUUCGCGCACAGUACAUCUUAUCAGUCCAAUUUAUUCUCUACGAUUUGAUAGCAGUCAUCUGUAUUGUGCUCUGGAUCGCCGUUUAGCCAAAUUAAGUUUCUCAGGUCAAUCAUGUCAAAGGUAUAAUUACAAACAGUUCUAUUCUAAUUAAUUUGUAACUGUUUGAUUACUUAAUAUUCGAGAUGUAGAAAAUACAAAAGAUGAAAUUAUUUUUCUCUCUAUCUCUAGGAAUUAAAUUGUGUAUUAUAUAACUCAUAAAAAAAUUAUAUAUAAAAAAAAAGAAGUGAUAUCAUUUCUGAUAUAAAGUUCUGUGAUGAUAUAUUU